CCACAAUUGCAAGAUCCAUAAAACAUCAGGAGCGCAGCAUAUUUGAGAAAUGUUCCAAUAUUCUCUCUUACAUUGACUAGACAUUCGACUGUACCUCAGUUCCUUUUUGUGAUAACGAUAAAUUAUCCCUCCCUUUCUAUCAGAUGACGGUCGCAUAGCAUAGCUUAUCUAUCGCUUGCCCUGUCCUCGAAUUGAGACUGGAUUCUUCCUUUGGAGCAGAUUCCUCUUAAAAGCCCCUCACAACAAACUUCUGUUCCUCCUAACCCAGUCGCAUAGUUACCACUAUAUCUAUCUUAGUCAUUGCGAUUUGGAUCCAAAUCUGCAAAGUAUUUGACAAGUGUUAAUUUCCUUAUUCUCUCUCUUUUUCUCGAGACUUGAUACAUACCAAAAAAAAAAAAGAACCAAGGAACCAAACUUGGUUCAAAAUGGAUACACCGGGCAGCGAUAUACGUAGUGGGAGUACAGGUAUAUCUACUACAGAUGCAUCUACUGCGACAUCUCCUAAGCAUAAUAUUCCCAGUGGCAGCUCAAGCGAAGAGUUAUCCAAUAAUAAGCAUAUUAUUUCGAUUAUUGAGAACGACGAUUCGGCCUCAGAUGUUUCAAUGUCCGCAGAUUCUGACGAUGAAGAUGAAGAUACCUUGACUAGCCCGGCCAUACAAUUGAAGUCGAAUACACAACCUCCGGAACAAACCAAUGGUACCAUUUUGCCGUCCUCCCAACGGGAAACUUCCAGGAAGCGGAAAUAUUCAGAAUCCAGAGAGGAUGAUUCAAAUAGCCACAUUGACAACACAAAUAUCCUUGAGGAAAUGCGCAAACGGCUUAAACCAGAUGAGACACAGGACCAUUGGAGAAUUGAGGGCCAAUUACUUGUAGACCGGUCUGUUCUGCCAGCUGAGAUUUGGCAUCACAUUUUCACUUUCACUCCUCCUAAAACUUUGGGUAACUUGUUGCAAGUAAACAAGUCUUUCAAUACAUAUCUUGAUCCUUCAUCAGAUAGCUCCAUUGUUCCCCUUUCAAAAUCUUCUGUUCAAGUAUUAAAUCCAGAUGCCAUUUGGCGAGCCUCUAGACGUGCUUUUAAACCUCUCAUGCCUGUUCCUUUAGUAGGAGAGACUGAGCUUGAUAUGUGGAGAAUUUCCUGUUCUGCCUCUUGUCAAUUCUGUAGCAAGAAAAGUCCAUUUAUCAAUGUUAUGCGAUCAGACCCAUGGCAUCUUGGUCCAGGUGAAAAUGGAGUCAUUCCUGUCUGGUCAUUCGCGGUGAGGUCUUGCGGAAAUUGUCUUCUACAACAUGCUGUUAAGGUACAGUCUCAUAUUUUCUUUAGUUUAUACCUGGGGCUCACUAAUUCGCGCCCAGGAGAUUGAUUUAUUAUUGUCCUCAUCAAUCCCAUCACUGCUGAUGCCAGCCUUACCAUUCGUAUUACUCACCAAUGAGCUUCAUGUCAUUCCCGCGACAGCAUUGCAGAAUGGCCAACCCCCUUCAACUACUCAAAUUACGAAAUAUUACCUCAAGAAGCAUAUUGAGGAUAUCAAGGAAGAAUUUGAAUCCGUCAAAGCUAUGGGUUCAGCGACCAUAGAAGAAUGGCUAAAGGGCCUAGAAGAUCGUGGUAAGGAACGGCGUAAUGACGCAGCUCGAUGGGAAAGAUGGGAGGCAAGUGGUGGAAUUAUUCGGAUGAAAACCCCAGAGCAAAAACAUCACUCAAAACAAAUACCUGCAGCGCUUGUCCCGAACACCGAUAUUACUCAUGCACAAGGGCAACCAAUUUUAACAAACGGGUUUUCAAGAUUGGCAAACCAUACACCUGUCGCCCAUCCAUUACCUCAAUUACCUAAAUCGCUACCUGCAAUACAUACUUCUUUCCGUAAGCUAUUCACGUUGCUAGUCUUGCAAUUCAUUCCACCCAACAGAGACUAACACCUGGCCAUAGCAGCGAAUAUUCCACCACCGCGAUACGAUUCGCCUUCACAAAAUAUGUAUUCUGCAUAUACACCUCGGUCAAAUCAACAGCCAAGGCAUGAAAGGACCAAGGAGGAAGUUGCGGAUCUGAAAGCAACGCGAAGAGCCGAAGUCGAGCGAAGGUGCUUAUUGUUAGAUCCUCCACUAACAGCAAAUGUUCUAGCCCAUAUGAGCUCAUUCCAGGCAGCUAUACAAAUAAUCCAACCACUGAAUGAUGGUGCCUGGGAAGUAUUGAAGCCCAGACUACUAUCGCAGAGAGAGGAAGCCGAGCAGCGCGAAAAUGACCGGAUUGCACAGUCCCGAGUAGUUGAGGAGCGAUCCGAUGAACGACGUUUUCAGGACAUCCAAGUCAAGCCGGAAUACAAGGAUGCCAUUGAUAGGGAAUGGGAUGAUGUCCAAGCUCCACUCCGGGCUCGAAUUGGUGCAUAUGCUGAUGAAACAAUCCAUGCUGGCUGGAACGAUGGUGCUAAAGUGACCAAAGAAUCUAGUCCUAGAUUUGCCGCAGAUGUCCUGAUCUACGUCCGGAAAAGGUUUUAUGCCGAAAUCGCCAAGGAUGAUACUGCCGUGCGGGCAACAGGCCAAGAACCACCGUCAGAUCCGCCGAUGGGGCCUUACACUCGCAAGCUAACGUUAGAAAAUAUGAAAUGGGUAUUUGAUACCAAAAUAAAGCCUCUAACUGAGCAGUAUAAUAAGGAGCUUUUUCUUUGCAACGUCUGCGACAACAAUUUCAAGUAUUAUGGCUUCGAGGGUGUUAUUCAGCACUUUGCUGCUAAGCAUACCAAUUCGUUCAGCGUUGGCACCAUAGUUGUUCAUUGGAAGUCGGAAUGGCCGGAGUACCCGCCUUUUUGUCCGGAUCCUGAUGCCCGGGUUAAAAAGGCCUACCCUGUCUUUCCUGGGCCGAGUGCCACUGCUCCUUAUGCUGGUUUGGGUAAAUAUGCCAGUUACCAGCAGCCCGUCUCCGCUGCACCUAAUUCCAAUGUUUACCAGAAUUCAUAUUAUAACCAUUCUCAAUAUGAAGAUCAAUUCGGAGUUCCUCAACCUGGCACGUAUACGCCGCAACAAAUAUAUCAAGAUCCUAAUCGAGGCUAUUCGCAAUAUUCUGCACCGCCAUUGAAUGCCAUGACACCUGGUUACAGCGACCCUAAUCAGAAUUAUCCACAGCCUGGUUAUGGGGUUUCUUACCAGACGUCAACCCAGCCGGGCUAUGCCUCUCUAGCCCCUAGUCAGAUGUAUUCUACCCCGGCACCUGACAGCAACGCCCAACAGUCAUCAUAUGUUCCCCAAAGUGCCCCAUAUUCCACCUCAUACAACCAGCCUUCAGUCUAUUCUAAUGGCAACUACUCACAAAUGUCAACGUCCGUACCGCAGCAAGCACAACCUCAGGUUUCUUCACCACAACAGACGGAUGAGUAUAAGGCCCAGCUUCAGGGGCUUGGUCGGGAUGCUAGGGCUAUUUGGGACUCAUUAAUUGGCGUGAAAGAAGUUCCUGGUAGUGUAAAAGUAUACGCCAUUCUCUAUCACAUGUUGAAAAGGUUCCGAUCCAAGUUCGGACAAGAUCCACCACUUUCUAUGAUAGUUGAUGGAUUAUCCAGUAAUAAGGACAUGCGACCUGUUCGAAAUAUCAACGGACUUUUGUGCCGCGCUUGUGUACUAGGUAUGGCAGGCCAUGUUACUUCUUCGAAACCCGAUAAGAAACAUUUUUCGUUCCCUCAACUUGCCAUCCACUUUCGCACAAUUCAUGAGGAAGGGGUGCCCGCGAAUUUUAUCGGCCAUUUUCCAGAUUGGACGAAGGACAUGGUCGAACUUCCCGACCGGGCAAAAAUGUCUUCAGUUUCAACCGCUCCAGGAAUGGACGAUCGGAAGCUUGCGAUCUUUUCAGAAGCUCUCCCAGAAAUCGCUGCGACUCCACCACCGAGAAAGGAUACCAUGACCCAACGAAAUUCAUCGUGGCAAACAAAAGUUGAACCUCUAAGCCAAGAAACACCGCUUUGGCAGCGGACGCCAUAUGCCAGCAAAGACAAAACUGAAGCGCUCGCACCCUCGCAAGACAAUCAUGGAAAAUAUUAUGCCACGCUUGCAGAUACUCGAACUCCAGAUACAGAAUCGGUCUCUGUCACAAAAGAUAGUAACCCAUAUGAUCCACGCCACCCCCGAAAUGCACGAGAGCGCCAAGGAUCACUCAACGCCACAUCAAUGGCCACAUCCUCUCUCCAUGAAAAGGAUCACCAAAUAUUUCAGGAUAAGAACGUCGAUCUUCGCCGUCCCAUAAAGCCCCGAUCACCUCUUGUAUCUUAUGCUAGGCCAGGCGAGAAUUACGGCCGCCAUGCCGCCCGUGACGAAGCUCCAAUUUACUCAAAUAGGAAAAAUCGGUACAGAGAGGAGAAAAUCGAAGAACAUAGACCUCGCUACGAACGAACCAUUAGGACCUACGAUGACCUAACUACUCCCGUUCGGGAGUAUGCAAAUGCUAGCUCUCAAUCAUAUCAAUUAAAACGGCAAGAUGAACCAUUGUCCGCCGUCUCGGCUGUGUCGAAAGAUUCGUUAUUACCUCAAUACAGGCCAUUAGAGGAUGCAACAUCUCAACAAAACCGUAUCUUCGAAGUAGUAGCUCAGAUCUCUCAGCAGGCACAGCAAGCACGCGGGAAACAGACUGCUAUCCGUGAUGGACCUGCUGAGAUUGGUUCAGAAGAAGGCGAGUUGCAAAGAGAAACGAUUGCGCAAACUAAUCGUAAGCGGACGUUGGAUCAGGCCACCAAUGACGCAGAAAGGUUUUUGAGCGACUUCCAAUCGGAGAAGCGUGCUGAAGUAGCUAGUCAAAGAUUUGAGCAAUCAGCACGCCGCAAAGAGGAUAUUAUAGAGCCGAGAUGGGAAGCAGAACGUUCUGAAAGCGUGCGACAGAGACGCCCCUUGUCAUCAGAAUCUCAGCAACGUCUUCGGGAAGUUUACAACGAUGGCUUCCCCGCAUCUGGCCGACCUAUGUAUGUGUCCGAUGAGCAAGGAGCUUACAAUGGGUACUAUACACAAGAGCGUCCAUCUCAGACUCGACAAAUUCGAGCUUACGCUACGGAUGACCGAUAUGCCGAUCCGAUUUCUGGGCAAAUGGUGGCCGGGGAGCGAUCUCCCGAGACUAUUGAUAGAAGAUACGCAAACAACGUAAUUUACCGUGAUGAGAGACAAGGAAGUCACGGGGCUCAUCGCACCCCGAGUAGAUAUGCUCGAUAUGAGAGUGUCAGAUUGGAGAAUGAUCGAGCACGUUCAAGGUCACCAAUAUACGUUAAGGUGGGUGCACAAUCUGGUCAGUAUGCUGAGCGCAGUCCAGAUGCUCAUCUCUCUCGACAAGAACCCAUAUAUCGCACGCGGACACCAAUGGAAGAAAUUAUUUAUGAGAGAGCUCCUCGUCAAGAGUAUUACCGUGUCUACGCCGAUGAGCCUCGACCUCGGCAAGCUUACGAAUAUGUCCAGUACGAUUCUCAGGGCCCUUACAUCAUACAUAGGUCUGCCCGUCGAGAACAUGAAACAAUGUAUGCAGCAUAUGAGGAGGAGCCACUCUCGAGACAGCCCCUUUAUGAAACACGCCCAGCCGUUGGUCGUGCAGAUCCUGCGUAUUAUGAAGAAUAUGACCCUCGACAUCCGGAACCACCACCUGCUGCCUCAAAUCGCCAAGUGCGAUACUAGUAAUUGUUGGCUUCCCUCGUAAGCUUGGAGAAUUCGCAUUAUCACUGUAACAAUAUGCGCUGCAAGGUCUGUCUAGCGUGAAUUUUACCUUUUUUGCAUCUCACAACUUUCAUUGUUUUUGCUUUGUUCUUCGCUGAAGAAUCUUCGUUGGCUGGUAAAUGAAUUUUCUAUUUUGUGUAUCACCCUUUUUCUCUCGUCAUGACAGUCAUUCAUCAACAUGUACAACAGAUUCACUUCUACAUCGUCUAGAUUAAUCUAAGAGCAAUCUUUGCCCUAAUGGCAGGUUAUAGGGUAUGGCGUUUAUAUCUCUGGUAUAGUCAGGUUUCUUAGAAGGGAAAGAAGGGAAAGAUGGGAAAGGAAUGAUUAUGAAAUAUUUAUGUUUUACUCUUAACGCAAAGCGUUGUAUCAAUAGGCUAAAAGUAAUACAUUAAUCUAGAAUGAGGAUUCUUU